CAAACAUGUGUUAAUCAAAGCACCGAGAACUUGCAGCUUCCUGUGCAAAUACCUCCGCUUCUUUUUUUCUUUUUUUUUGCUGUCUGAUAAACGAAGGCGUGUCCAGGAGUCAUGCAUAUAAUAACCAGACGAGCUGCUGCAGGCUUCAGCUCUCUGUGCACCAUCAGAGUCACCCGCAGCAGGCUCUGUACGAUGGCCGAAUCUGAAGAAGUGGUAUUCAACAAGCCAAAGGUUGAGCUGCAUGUGCACCUCGAUGGAGCCAUCAGGGUGCAGACCAUUCUCGAUGUUGCCAAGAGACGCGGCAUCCCUCUGCCAGCAAAUACCAAGGAGGAGAUGACGAAGAUUAUUAUCGUUGAACAGCCGGCCACCCUCACAAAGUUCCUGGGGAAGUUCGCAGAGUACAUGCACGUGGUUGCGGGAGACAGAGAGGCCAUAAAGAGGAUAGCCUAUGAGUUUGUUGAAGACAAAGCCAAUGAGGGCGUGAUCUAUGUGGAGGUCAGAUACAGCCCACAUUUUCUGGCUAACACAAAAGUGGAUCCCCUACCGUGGAACCAGAUAGAAGGCGACCUGAGCCCGGACGAGGUGGUGCACCUGGUCAACGAGGGCCUCAAGGAGGGGGAGGUGGCCUUCAAUAUCAAAGCCAGGUCCAUUCUAUGCUGCAUGCGCCACAUGCCAAGCUGGUCCAUGGACGUUGUGGAGCUGUGUAAGAAAUACCAGCACGAAGGAGUGGUUGCCAUCGACCUGGCAGGUGACGAGUCCCUAAACUGUGUAGCCAAUCCAGGUCACAAGAAGGCCUAUGAGGAAGCAGUGCGCUGUGGGAUCCACAGAACGGUCCACGCAGGAGAGGUGGGUCCGCCGUCUGUGGUGAAGGAGGCUGUAGAAGUGCUGAAAGCUGAACGCGUUGGACACGGUUACAGAACCCUGGAAGACCAAGUUUUGUACAAGAGUCUGCUGGCUCAGAACAUGCACUUCGAGGUGUGUCCUAUUUCCAGUAAGCUAACAGGUGCCUGCGACCCGGACUUCACCAAGCAUCCUGCCAUCACGUUCAGGAAGGACAAAGCGAAUUACUCCCUGAACACGGAUGACCCUCUGAUCUUUAACUCAACCCUGCACCUCGACUACAGCACCGCGCACAAAUACAUGGGAUUCACCGAGGAGGAAUUCAAACGACUGAACAUCAGUUCUGCAGAGUCGUCCUUCCUGCCUGAGGAGGAGAAGAAGGAUCUCGUCCACAGACUGUACAAAGCCUACGGGAUGAUAACGUCGACCGCCUUUUAAAAAAUCUGAAGAAGAAGGAAGGAAGGAAGGAAGGAAGGAGGAAACGUGACCUAACCCAGGGACAAAUCACUCUGAACCCAUUAUCUCCUGUCGUGACUCCAUGGGAUGUCCUCAUUUAUAACCUACCUAAUAUAUCAAACAUGCUGUACAUCAUUUAAUGGCUGCCUUCACCUCUCAUAUUCGUACAUCAUCAGCUUGUGUUUUGUCAGUAUUCUACCAUCUAAGUACUUAUAUAUAACUUUUUAUACUUUAGUUUACAUGACACUUUCCAGAGGAUGUCAUGGUGCUAACAAUAAUACGGGUGUUAUGUGUUCAUAAAGCCAAUUUUAUUUAUAUGAAAACAUUUUUCAUCUUGUGUUUACACCCUGUUGUUAUUGAGAGAAUCAGGGAAGCUUUUCAAUGCACAACUACUCCGUUUUUAACACUUUGUCAGCACAUAAGAGACGGAUAAGGGUCUGAAAUUGACGUUGAAGGAGGCUAACGGAGGAAUGUAAUACUGUGAAUAUCUAUUGUUUGGUUAAAAGGGAGAAGUAAGGAAAUCCAGUGUCAGAAAAAUGUCAUUUUUGCCCCUCACCCCUAAAACAGGUCAAUACCAAAAAGGGAAGUCUUACAUUUGAACACAAGGGGGCGCACUAUGGUCGCCCAGCUGGACAAACCACAGUGUCUUAAUGUGGUUUAGGUUUCAUAAUAACUCGAUUUUUUAGAUCUCUUUUUCCUUUCACUUAAUAAAAAAAAGCACUUCCAUUUCUAACACAUUUAUGACACUUAUGGAAUAUAAUAAAAAAGGUUUUAAGAA